AUGGGCGCGUUAGUCACGCAGUCCGAGCCUCGGCAGGAGAUCUCGCCUGCUGAUGCGCCCGCGGCCCUUCGCGGUAUCCCGGCGGUGCCGCGACCAGCCGGCCUGGCGCGGCAGCUGGCCGCGCAGGGCGCGUGCGUGCGUGAGGGCUGUGCAGUUCGUCUCGAACCGCCAUCGAGCGCCUUCGGCGGCUGCCAGGACCUCUUCGCGUACGUCCUGCUCCUCCACCUCGUGCGCGCGUUGCCUGUCCACUGCCACCUGAUCGAGGCCAGGGGACACCUCGACGUCGGGUUCUCCUGCUUCAGCAUCUUUUGCGUCUGCUCCACCAUAGCGUCUCUCUGGAUGCCCCUCCCGAGCGUGUCUGGCGACUUCGCCGUGCUCAGCUCGCAGGAGGACGACGAGCAGCGGCACGGGCAGGGCGAGAGCCAGACCACCUCCCUGCGGCUUGCAGCUGAGGGCGCCGAUUCGCAGAAGUCCGGGAUGCUGUUCUUCCUGGGCCGCAGGGGCACCUUCUGGCUCGUCCUCUGCCUCGCCCUCGCCUCCAUGGCGCUGCUCGCCGCCGGUGUGCUCAUUCCCUGCAUGGGGCUGCAGCUGCGCGUCGGGAGCCUGGUGCAGCCCGCGGGGCCCUUGCCCGCCGAGGCGCUGCCGUUCCUCGAGAGGCUUGACCUCGAGAGCCAGGUGAACUCCAGGGUGUCGAUGUGGGACUGCAUGGGUAGCUUGCUGAACUUCAGCCUCGCUGGGUACGGCAACAGUUUCCUCGCCCUGGCCAUUGGGUGUGUCCGGAUCUUCGCCGUCUUUGUCAUCGGGGCCACAGCCAUGGACUUGGUGUUACUUGUCAUCACCACCAACCUGCUCGUCUUCCAGUUGCCCACCAACGGGAAGGAGGACGCCAGCAACUGCCACCGCACCUGGGCUGCGGCGCACGCGCUCCAGCACGUCUCCAUGCUGGGCCCCGCCGUCAUGGGGGUGAUGGUGACCUGCCUGGCGGCGGACAACUUCAAGAAGCAGGGCGUUGAGAUUUUCAUGCUGCCGGGCCUGUUUGUCCUUUUCCUCGCCGAGCUGCUCCACUACGCGGCCUACUGUAUCACCGAGGUCGUCGUAGAGAGCCUGCCCGGAGGGGACUCCGAGACCGUGUCGACGCACUCGUCGACCUGGAGUGGGGCUGGCGGUGUCGACUCCGACGGGACUUAG